ACAGAGCGCCGGAUUUGUACUAUGUCACCGCACAGCACCACUCAAGACAGGUAGCACUGCAGACAGGACGUCACACAGAGUUGAUGACUUGUAGGACUGCUGUUUUCAGUUCCCUAUCCUCCGUGAGUAGUGAAACGGAAAAGCACAGACCAGAAAGAGGAGCCCCAGGAAACUCGGACUGUCGAUCCCUGAAGCGGAGAGAAAGUUCGAGAAAACAGGUGGUAGUGCACAGAAAACAGUUUUUAGUGAACGCAGAGGGAUAGCAGGGGUUUGCACUCAGCACGACCCAGAAGGAAUGGAGGUCAGGUGCAAGGGGCGGGGGCUCUGGCCACGGGCCUGGCUGGGGCGGGCCAGCCGGCGGGGCAUUUAAACCACAGUCGACCGCCGCGGGGACGCGCGCCAGCUGUGUCCUCCGUCGUCCCAGCUCCGGGUACUGGCCUCGCAAGAUGCGGUCUUCCCUGGCUCCGGGAGUCUGGUUCCUCCGUGCCUUCUCUAGGGACAGCUGGUUCCGUGGCUUCAUCCUGCUGCUCACCUUCCUCAUUUAUGCCUGUUAUCACAUGUCCAGAAAGCCCAUCAGCAUCGUUAAGAGCCGCCUGCACCAGAACUGCUCAGAGCUGGUGAGACCCGAUAAUGACACCCACGAUCUCAAUGACACCACAUGGUGCAGCUGGAGUCCAUUUGACAAAGAUGACUACAAAGAGUUACUGGGAGCUGUGGACAAUGCCUUCCUAGUGGCUUAUGCCAUUGGCAUGUUUAUCAGUGGGAUCUUUGGGGAGCGGCUGCCCCUCCGUUACUACCUUUCAGCUGGCAUGGUGCUCAGCGGCCUGUUCACCUCCCUCUUUGGCCUGGGGUACUUCUGGAAUAUCCACAUGCUCUGGUACUUUGUGCUUAUCCAGAUCUGCAACGGACUUGUUCAGACCACAGGCUGGCCAUCUGUGGUGACCUGUGUGGGCAACUGGUUUGGAAAGGGGAAACGGGGAUUCAUCAUGGGCAUCUGGAAUUCCCACACUUCUGUGGGCAACAUUCUGGGCUCCCUGAUCGCUGGAGUCUGGGUGAACCAGCAAUGGGGCCUGUCAUUUAUCGUGCCCGGCAUUAUCACUGCUGUCAUGGGCAUCGUUACUUUCCUCUUUCUUAUUGAAUAUCCAGAAGAUGUGGACUGCACCCCGCCUCAGCACCAUAGUGACCUGGAGAAGGAACGAGACAACCCCGAGGAUCCUGUGAAUGAUCCCUAUUCCCGUAGGGACAGUAACGUGGACAUUGUAGCCAGCUCUUCCAAGGAGCAGGGCUCUGAGCCUGCAGCCAUCAGUUUUCUGGGGGCACUCAAAAUUCCGGGCGUAAUCGAGUUCUCGUUAUGUCUGCUAUUUGCCAAGUUGGUCAGCUACACCUUCCUCUACUGGCUGCCCUUGUACAUCUUCAAUGUGGCUCACUUUAGUGCCAAGGAGGCUGGGGACCUAUCCACACUCUUCGAUGUUGGUGGCAUCAUAGGUGGCAUCAUGGCGGGGCUCAUCAGUGACUACACCAAUGGCAGGGCCACCACUUGCUGCAUCAUGCUGAUUUUGGCUGCUCCCAUGAUGUUCCUGUACAACUACAUUGGCCAGAAUGGAAUAGCCAGCUCCAUAGUGAUGUUGAUUAUCUGUGGGGUCCUGGUCAAUGGCCCGUAUGCACUGAUCACCACAGCAGUCUCUGCUGACCUGGGCACACAUGAGAGCCUGAAGGGUAACGCCAAGGCCCUCUCCACUGUCACAGCCAUCAUUGACGGCACCGGCUCCAUAGGUGCUGCCCUGGGCCCCCUGCUGGCUGGCCUGAUUUCCCCUACUGGCUGGAACAAUGUCUUCUACAUGCUCAUCUCUGCCGACAUCCUGGCCUGCUUGCUCCUCUGCAGGUUGGUGUACAAGGAGAUCCUGGCCUGGAAGAUGUCCCGGAGCAGAAGCAGCGGCUCUAAUCUGGCCCUAACCCACCCGCGAUAGUAUUUUCCUCAAGUCCCAUGCGUUUAUAUAAACAAAUAUGAGGCCUCAAUUGGAAGCAACAGCAUGGAGGGUCUCUACUGGGUACCCAAGGUGCUCCCCAGGAGCAAGAGAAUGGAAACUUCCAUCAUAAGGUGAGACAAAGCCUCCUGAUUCAACCAGUUCAGCCCAAACCCACCCUGCCACUAAGGGUACAGAAGACUACGAGCACCAAGCAUGGAAAAAUGGAAGUCUUCAUGACCUGAGCUCUGGGAGCUGCAACCAUAAGGGAUGGGGCUGAAAGCAGGAGGCAAGACACGUUCACACUCUUGCUUGUUUGGAUUCCAAGCACGGACCAAGUCCUAGAAAAGGUGCAUGUCUCCUCCCCAUGUUAAAUUGUAACCUCUUUAAUUGGUCUGUACCUAUGGGGGCAUCUCACCCUGUUUCAAAGGUGCUGGACCUCUCACUGUCCCUUUGUCCAUAAACUAGUCUGUAUGUGUUUCCCCAAGUAGGCCCCUCAUAUCUACCCUCCAUUGGCCCUGUUGGUAACUCAGCCACUUUGAAGCAUUUGCACUGCUCCUGCAGAGCCAAAGCUAGAGUGGACAGAAUGUAGGGGGAACUCACUCUGCUCCUGAGCAAACCCAUCUACAGAGUCCUUCGCCUCAGCCUGAAGAUGCCACAGUGGGUGAAGACAUUUGGGUCAGUGCUGUGAAGACUAAGGGGUGAAAACACCAGGGUGUGUUAAGCACCGGGCGCUCACUGCAUGGCAGCUCCCCUGUAGGAAUGAAUAAGAAAAUGGAUAUGAAAAUGACUUGGCACCAAGCAUAGGUGUCAGGGUUAGCAAGAAAGGAGUGUACCGCUUGGUUUAUUCAGGUAACUGCUACAUAACAGUUGCUUGGAGCCAUCUUGCAGCCACCGUCUUGCCUGGUGUUCUGAUGCACAUGCUCCUCCCACUCUGAGUCCUUGAUCAUGACAUGCAUGCCAGGCUGACUCCUGGCAUUUCCACCUGACCUCUCAGCUGCCCAUCGGCACCAAUACAGAUUUGUUUUGCCAA